AUGUAUAACAUCCCUCCCAACGCUAACUCGAAUAUGAUGAACUGGCGUCUUCCCCAGCGAAUAAUCCUGGUAUGCCAUGUCGAGAGCGACGCCAACACCGAUGAAAAACUCUACAGGUUUACACCUAACCAUGAAAUCCCAUUAUCCAGUGAGGAAUUUCUCAAGCCAUUCAAGCAGGAUUUUGGCAACUUCAGGCCUAAAAAUGAUCACGAGGAGGAAAGUAAAAAAUAUGGAACAUUUUUUUAUCGAUUCCCGUCCGGAGAAUCUGCAGCUGAUGUUUAUGACCGCGUUUCAAAUUUUCUGGAAUCCUUAUGGAGGGACAUAGACAUGAAUAGGCUUUCCAAAGACACACCUGCAGAGUUGAUGAAUAUUGUGAUUGUGUCCCAUGACGAAUCCAUUCGAGUUUUUCUUAUGAGGUGGUUCAAGUGGAGCACUGAACAAUUUGAAUCUCUUACAAGCCCUGAAACCGGCAAGAUCAGAGUUAUGGAGUUAGGAGCCAGUGGAGAAUAUAGCUUGGCGAUCCGACAUACUGAUGAAACGCUGAAAGCAUGGGGACUUUCGGAUGAAAUGAUUGAGGAUCAAAAGCAAAGAGCCAAUGAUGAACCUGGAACAUAUGUUCCCAAGGGCAAGAGUCCAUCAUGGUACCUCAAAUACUUCUUCGGUUCAGCUGAUUCUGUUCAGAAAGACCAGGUCACCAAAAGAGCCAAAACAACUGAGCAUUAG